AUAAAUGCCGGCAUUGGGACACUCGUCGACGUAAGACCUGCUGUACGUUGUCUCAGGAGCGACGUCGUGAUCCUUACUCUCCCUCUCUCUCUCUCUCUCGUUUUCCAAUAUCGAAGUUUCGAUACCGAUUUCCCGAAGCGUACAACCGCGUCGAUCGUCGGAUCUUGUCGAGUUAGUGCGCGCACUUGUUGACCGUCAACAUGAGCAAGAAAUCGGAUAUUCUAUACCUGUUCGAUCGACCGGCGGAGCCGGUGUACGUGCCCAAGGGAGAGAACAAAGUCGCUUUCGAUGUACCACCUAACUACUUGCCUGACUCUCGACAACAAGUGGCUACCUCCAUUGUGAAUCGUUUCGCCGAUGACACCAACACGAAAGUUCCAGUGAAGCAGAUCAGUCUGCCGGACUUGAGCGUUCCCCUUCAACUUGGACGUCGAGAACCCUUCUCGCUUUUCAUUCCUAAGCAUCGAAAAUUAGCCGCGCGACUUAUCGACAUCUUCUUGGGUAUGCGAACGUAUGAGGACUUUCUUUCGGUGUCGGUUUACUGUCGCGAUCGCGUUAAUCCGGAGAUGUUCGUCUACGCGCUCUCGGUGGCGAUCCUGAAUCGUCCCGACACCAAGGAUCUCCCGAUACCACCGCUGUCGGAAAUUUUCCCGGACAAGUACGUCGAUAGUGGAAUAUUUGCCAGAGCGAGGGAGGAAGCUAACGUUGUACCGGCUGGCUCCAGGGUGCCUAUCGAAAUUCCGCGGGAUUAUACUGCGUCGGAUCUUGACGAGGAGCAUCGUGUGGCUUACUGGAGAGAAGAUAUCGGGAUCAAUCUUCAUCACUGGCACUGGCAUCUGGUCUAUCCAUUCGAGACCGACAUCAGGAUUGUUAACAAGGAUCGGCGUGGCGAGCUAUUCUACUAUAUGCACCAUCAGAUCCAAGCCAGAUACAAUUGCGAGCGUCUGUGCAACCGACUGGGCCGAGUGAAGCGCUUCCACAAUUGGCGCGAGCCGAUCCCGGAGGGUUACUUCCCCAAGUUGGAUUCGCUGGUGGCCAGUCGUACCUGGCCCGCCCGUCCCGCCGGCGCCGUUCUCAAGGAUAUCAACCGUCCUGUGGACCAACUGAACUUCGACCUUCAGGACCUGGAGAGAUGGCGCGAUCGCAUCUACGAGGCUAUUCACACUGGCGCCUACAUCAACCCCCGCGGCGAGCGAGUGCCUUUGACCGAGUUCGGCGGCGUGGACGUGCUUGGUAACAUCAUGGAGGCCAGCAUCCUCUCGCCUAAUCAAAAUGUUUACGGGGACCUACACAAUCUUGGCCACGUCGCCAUUUCCUACUGCCACGAUCCCGAUCAUCGCUACUUGGAAACUUUUAGUAUCAUGGGAGAACCGGCCACCGCCAUGAGAGAUCCCAUCUUCUACAGAUUCCACGCUUUCACCGACGACGUGUUCCUGGAGCACAAGAAUACACUUCCCGAGUACAGCCUACAGCAGUUGGACUUCCCCGGCGUAGAAAUCACGGAUGUAGCGGUGCGGACUCAGAAUCAGCCGGCAAAUCAGAUUUCGACCUUCUGGACCAAGAGCGACGUCGAUCUGUCCCGCGGUCUGGACUUCACGCCACGCGGUGCAGUUCUCGCAAGAUUCACCCACCUGAAUCAUAACGACUUCACGUACAGAAUCGUCGCCAACAAUCGUAAUAACGCGCCGCGACGUGGAACCGUUCGUAUAUUCAUCGGGCCCAAGCAGGACGAACGUGGAUUGCCUUUUGUCUUCAGGGAUCAGAAGGAACUCAUGAUUGAAAUGGACAAGUUUACUGUAUUACUGAGACCAGGAUCGAAUACCAUCGAGCGUAAAUCAACGGAAUCUUCGGUAACUAUACCGUUCGAGAGGACGUUCCGCAAUCUUGAAGACAACAGACCGGUCGGCGGCGAUACCUUGGACCAGUUCAACUUCUGCGGGUGCGGCUGGCCGCAGCACAUGCUGGUACCUAAGGGCAAGGAGGAGGGAUUCCCGAUGGACCUCUUCAUCAUGAUAUCCGAUUACACCGGUGACGCGGUGGAGCAGGAGGAAUCGGCCGGAUGCAAGGACGCGGUGAGUUUCUGCGGCCUGCGGGACCGCAAGUAUCCGGACGCGCGGCCCAUGGGUUAUCCGUUCGAUCGUAGAGCUCGCCCUGGCGUGGAAACCCUGGCCCAAUUCCUGACCGGCAAUAUGGCAGUCGCGCCGAUAGUCAUCCGCCACACGGACACUGUGUUGCUGCGAUCGCGAUCCGGAAGUAUGGGCAACACCCUCACCUUUGCCUGAUGACGAUUGACCCGACCGACCGACCGACCGACCUGUACGCAAUGGACCUCCGUUCGCGCACCUCCGCUGAGAAAUCCAGCGUCUCCGUCCUCACCGCGCAUUCCCAGUAGCGAUCCUGCAAUAUCCGUCGUAGAAUCGCGACUGAUUGCGUGGAAGUGCGACACGUUUCCCAUCCUAGUCUAUAUCCUCGGAUGACGAACGCCUGGAAUGACGUUGGCGGGACGGGAGCGGAUAAAAAGCCGGAGGUGAGCGAAACGCUAUUUCCAUAUCUCAAUGACGGAAGAUUAUCCGAGGGACGAGAGAAAGAGAGAGAUUCUCCGUGCGCAGGAAUGCACAAUCUUGUGCGUUUUAAUCGCUAAAAUUCCCACAUGAUACCGCGAAAUCGAUUCUCGCCGUUCUCCGUCGGCCGAAUUUCACCGGAAUUGCGGCUAUCUCGUAAAACCUUAUCUUCUUUAAUGUUAAAAUAUUUUACGGAUAUUUUUAUACUCGAAUAUUUUCUCUUUCUUAACCGCUUAUUUCAAUAUAGCCGCUAGUAUAAAAAUAAAUCUCUAUCGAGCUAUCCAAUAUAAAUCAGAGAAAAUUGAUAUAUUACUAUUUUCAACAUCAUCUUAAUUUUAUAAAUGUUUUACUGCGAAGAAAAAAGAAACUUGUAAAACCGCGUUUGAAUAUUUUCUUGGACGAUCUUGGAGUUGUUUUAUUUACGAUUUCAUAACUUGCGCAUCCACGAGCAAUGAGUACCGCUUAACAAAUGUAUUUUUGCGUAAAAACGGGAACAAAGACGUGUCCCGAACGCUCAAGCGAAGCUUUUCUCUUCUUUCUCUCGUUUCACUCGCAUUACGGGAACUAGAUUGUAGGAAGCAGCAAAUGUAAAAAGCAAAAAAAGAUAAAAAUAAAGUCUAUGCAAAUUA